CAGGUUUGCAAAGGUUCCCCGCGCGUCUGGGCUCUCAGGCACCCAGCAGGCACCCGCCCCACCGCCAUGAUGCCUAAGAGGAAGGUCAGCUCCGCCGAGGGGGCGGCGAAGGAGGAGCCCAAGAGAAGGUCAGCGAGGUUGUCAGCUAAGUCUGCUCCUGCAAAAGUGGAAACCAAGCCAAAAAAAGCGACAGGAAAGGACAAACCUGCAGACAAAAAGGUGCAAACGAAAGGGAAGAGAGGAGCAAAGGGAAAACAGGCCGACCUGAUUAACCAGGAACCUAAGGAAGAUCUACCUGCGGAGAACGGAGAAACUAAAAACGAGGAGAGUCCAGCCUCGGAUGAGGUAGGAGAAAAAGAAGCCAAGUCUGAUUAAUAUCAUAUAUCAUGUCUGAUCAGUGGUCCCUGUCUCCCUUCUUGUACAAUCCAGAGGAAUAUUUUUAUUAACUAUUUUGUAAAUGCAAGUUUUUUAGUAGCUCUAGAAACAUUUUUAAGAAGGAGGGAAUUCCACC